UUGCUUAUUAUGGCUUUGAUUGAUGCAACAAAAGCAAAUGUAGAUGACCAUUUCCUUCAUUCAGUAUUGGAAGACAGUAGUAAGCCUGCGGAAUGCAAUAGAAGUCUAGGCACUGGUGAUUUUUCCAGGAUCGGUAACAACAGCAUUGGAAGCAUUGAUUAUAGCAGAACUCAAGGUUCAAGUAGAAACUUUAGUUCUCAUUGUGAUUAUUCAGAAGAUUUUGUGUCUGAAUAUUCUGGAACAGCCGGUAAUGACAGUUGUUUAGAGCUGCUUGAGGCAAAAGUAAAGAAGGAAGAGAAGAAAAAGAAAAAUGUUUGUAAAGUCUCCCAACAUAAAGGAUUCGAGAAAAUCUCACCUGAAAAACUGCAGAGCUGGAACACAGCUUUUACUUCUCAAAUUAAUAUCAUUACCCAAAGAAGGGAUGCUAUGGCUCAUCGCGUAAUGUCAGCAAGGCUUCAUAAGAUUAAGGAACUGAAAAAUGAAUUGGCUGAUAUUCAUCGUAAACUAGAAGCAACUGUCUUAGAAAACCAACUGUUGAAACGACUACAGUUCAGACACUUGAAAGCAAUAGGAAAAUAUGAAAAUUCACAAAAUAAUUUACCCCAGCUUAUGGCUAAACACCAGAAUGAAGUAAAAAGUCUAAGGCAACUUCUUAGAAAAUCUCAGGAAAAAGAAAGAGAUGUAUCCAGGAAACUUAGAGACACUGACAGUGAGUUAUUAAAGACCAAAGAUUCCUUGAUAACAUUGCAGAAACUUUCUGAAGACAAAAAUCUUGCAGAGAGAGAAGAACUUACACAAAAGUUAUCUGCCCUUACCACAAAAAUGGAGGCCAAUGACACAAGGAUACAGAGCUUAGAAAGACAGCUGAGAUUGAACAGUAGUGCCUUUAGUCGUCAAUUAGCUGCUGAAAACAGAAAGACUAUAACUGCUAGAACUGCUACAAAGAACCUCCAAAUGGAAGUAAAACGCCUUCAACAAAAACUUAAGGAAAAAGAUCGAGAACUUGAUAUAAAAAAUAUAUAUACUAACCGGUUCCUUAAAAAUUUAUGUGACAAAGAUGAGCAAACAAAAGUUUCUUCGCCAACCAAAUCCAUACAAGCAGAAAAGAAAAACCAUCUAUUUCCCUAUCUAGUUCCACAUCAAUUGAAGCAAAAGACAGAAGAUAGUAUAUCUCUGCCAACUAAGGAAGAAAAACCCACAGGAAAUGAUGCUGAAAAAGAAAAACCAACUGAUGUCAAUUGUGAAGUUAUCCGUGAUAUCAAUAAAUUACCAAAUGAAGAAGAUCCUGAAAAAAUAUGUAAAGAUGGUGAAAUGUAUAGCUGGAAAAUGGAAGCAGGUGGCACCACUCAGAAUGUUCCAGAUAUACAAGAUAUCACAAAUUUACUAAAGGAAGACAUACACAAGGAAGUACAAACACCACUGGAGAUUAGUGAAAGGCAAAGAGAGAAAAAAGAAGAUCUAGAAAAGAAACCUAAUUUGCUGAAAGAACAAGAGACAACAGCAAAAAUAGAACGGAUAAUUACUCCUUUAAGGGAAAGCAAUGAACAUCAUAAUGUAGGAAAAGAAAGGUUUAAAAUUAGUGUAUCAAUGCAUGACAUAGAUGAACUGCAUGAUAAAUAUGUGAUUCAAAAUAGCAGAAUUCCACUUAGGCAAAGAAAACAUUACUCUUUCACAGAAGCUACUGAAAAUUUGCAUAAUGGACUUCCUACUUCAGGUACAUCUAAUUUAGGUACCACCCGCAACAGUCAAGUUGCAAACAAGCAACAAGGUAAUACAACUGACCUGAAGAUAGAAAAUUCAAAUAGUAGAUAUGAGCCAUCAUUUGGUAAAUCUUCCAAAACAAAGGUAAAAGAUUCAUCAGAUGAAAAGAAUGGAAACUGUAUAAAUACAGCUUUGAAGGAUAAGAAAAAUAAUCUGAUGGAAGAACUCUUUGGAUCAGAUUGUGUCUUAAAAAACAGUCCCACAAAUUCUGAUCUUAAAUCAUCUAAUAAAGAAAAAGAGAGUUUGGAAAAUGAAAAGAUGCAUGACAAUUACCGAUCUACAGCCAUUAAUGCUUUUGGAGAUUCUAAGUAUGCCACCAUAACUUAUAGCAGCUUAUAUCAGAACAACCAAAGGAAGAAUUCCUCUGUAACAGAAACAGAUGAGGGCAGCUUGAAAAGGAGCAACAAAACCAGGAAAUGA